AAGCCUUGAAAUGUUGAAGCAUCGAAUCAUGGUAGACUAACUGGCGCAAACUAGCCCAGGUGGGCUAUGCAUAUUGAGUGACCGUGAGACAUUACUAUAACAAGAGCCAAGAAGAAGAGUGGUUUUGAAGUGCGGGCGCGUAUUACGUCGGAUACUGCUGCCGCCAGUAGCUACAGUGACGUCUUGAGUAACGACGCGAGAUCAAAAUAUUAGCGUGUAAGGAGUACGCACAGCAUGGAGGAUAGCCAGUCUGUAUCGGAUAUCAAGGUGUUUUACCGAUACUGUCAAUCCUGCCAUCAGUUCCGCUAUCGACGUUCUCUAUCUUCUUCGAAACGACAUUAUGACAAGACACGAUCACCCCGACUCCAGUGCACAUUAAACUGUACAGAAGUUAGUCAUGUUGACGACCGAACCCGUGGACGAUUGGUGCGGGAGCAUACGCUUGCUCAACAGCGAAUAAGAUCUGCAUUGCAUUGCUUUGUAGAACCAAAUUGUUAUAUAGCACUAGAGAGAGCCGUAGCAGUAGAGAAAGCGUAUGAGUCAAGUUGCCUCAAUUUGAUUAUUUACAACGAUAGUGGAAGGUCGUAGCAACAAAGUUGUGGUGCCAGUUAGUCCUGAUAAGCAUAUUAUUAAUGUGCUUCACUGAGAAACCAUACGAAUAAGAAGACGAUUAAGAGCUAUUGUUGAAAAAACAUUUUAAAAUUCUGUGUAAAAUAAACAGAGAGUUGACACAUGACAAUGGUACAUCAAGAUUAGCGCCAAUUUAAAGCUGCUAGCUUUUUACAAUCAUAGCCAUGAGGCGCCGGAGUCCUUACUUACUAGUGUUUUUGUCACUCGCCUCGGUAGGGUGGAUCGCCCUUACUUACCGUCUAUUGCGAGCACCCGACAUCCAGCUAGCGCAAUACUAUCGACAUGGCGUGCAGACUAAGUUGGAAGGCUUAGAGCUCGACCUCCGCGACCAAAAGGCUGAAAUUCAGCAGAUUUUUCAGGGUGUCCAAACCGUUCGGGAAACGCGUCAGCAGACCGGCGGUCUGCGAACAAACAUCAGCUUACCACAGCUCCCGCUCGGUAGCAGAUUACAAGAAAACGCUAUCGGCGUAAAAGGAGGAGCAAAACGCGUCAUUCCUAUACUGCUUUUUGCUUGCAAUCGGGUUACUGUCCGGAAACCCAUCGAACAACUGCUAGCACUUCGGCCUUCGGCCGAGCGUUUCCCUAUUAUUGCCUCGGCUGAUUGUAGCCAUCAGCUCACCCUAAACACCAUUCGAUCAUAUGGUAACCAGGUUCAGUUAAUACAACAGCCUGACCAGUCGGAGUACAAACUGCCGCUGAAACAGAAAAAAUUCAAGGGAUACUACGCAAUCGCACGACAUUAUGGCUGGGCGCUCAACAAAACGUUCGUCGACCUUAACUAUGAUGCUGCAAUUAUCGUUGAAGACGACCUGGAAGUGUCACCCGACUUUUUUUCUUAUUUUGAAUCAUUGCUACCCAUUCUAGAGGCUGAUCCAACCCUAUAUUGCGUCUCAGCCUGGAACGACAACGGGAAAGCAGGCCUGAUCGACCAAAAUAAUGCAUCGUUACUUCACAGGUCAGAUUUCUUUCCUGGCCUCGGAUGGAUGCUCACGCGCCGGUUGUGGACUGAGGAAUUAAUGAUGACCUGGCCAAAAGCAUUCUGGGAUGACUGGAUUCGUGAGCCUGCACAGCGAAGGAAUCGGGCUUGUAUCCGACCAGAAAUAUCGCGAACAAAGACAUUCGGAAAGAUUGGCGUAAGUAACGGCCUCUUCUUUGAGAAGCAUCUUAAAUACAUCCAGCUAAAUACACAACCGAUCGACUUUUCGCAACGCGAUCUAACCUAUUUACUGAAAGAUAACUAUGACGUCGAGUUUGUCAAGGAGGUGUACGGAAGUCCGGUAGUGGCCCUGCCUUCAAUAUUGUCUGGCUCUAUUGCACUGCCGAUGUCACGCGCUGUUCGAUUGACAUAUCGAAGCCAGACGACAUUUAAACGCCUUGCCAAGGCCUUGUCGAUAAUGGACGACUUCAAGUCAGGCGUGCCACGAACCGGUUACCGUGGCGUUGUAUCGUGUAUGCAUAAUGGUCGGCGAGUUUACGUCGCCCCACCAGCCGAAUGGAAUGGGUAUGACCCGAAGUGGAGCAGAUGAGGUUACAUUAAAUUAACGGAAUAGGGAUAAUGAUGAUCAUAACGAUCUUCGAAUUAAAAGACUGAGUCUAGAUAGAAUGGAUGUACAUAUUUUUUCGAAGUUAUUUUAUCAACUGAUGACGAAGAAAUGGCGAUCAAUGUGUAACAGACAUAUAUAGGUGGUUUAUGCAAAGAGCCACAUAUAAGAAAUCAUGACCGACUCGCAGAGAGAACGGUGACUGAGAUAUAUAUGAUAAAAUGUCACAUUUCUCGUAGACACGAGCAACAAGAAUAGAACAUAACAAUGCUAAUUAUAACUUCAUCCAAUAUCAAAAAUGAAGUAUUUCGAGGCUACGAAUUAUAUAGGAUAUUGUGGAAGAUCUGCCCACCGGGCAGAGAGAACUUGUGGGCGUUUCCUAGUGGUAUAGUCAUAAAUAACCGACCUCAUUCCUGUAAAAGUCUUUAUGCCGGUAUAAUCUAUGGCAACUAAAGGAGUUUUCUGAGCAUAUGGUCAUGAGGAUGAGGAACGCAACUGGGUAUUACUUAUUUUCUUAGUGCCAUGUUCAGGCAUGUAUCAGAAUGUAAGGCUUGUAUUAUAUCCCAUCCACAACGACUCUAUUGAACACAUGACGUUCCGGGAACUCGAGAAAUGCAAAACAGGGAAAAGAGUAGCAGAAAAAAGCGAGAGAGAGAAAGAAUCUAAUAUAAUGCCUAAUAUAUUGUAUUAUUAUAGAAAAUAAUGUUGCAACUGUGAAAAGUCUGUGUAAAUAAUUUUCCGUAAAUACAUGAAGGCGAUUGAAGCAACAACGCUGGGAAUUAUUCCUACCGUCUGUACCGCCUUAUCACGUUUUUGGCUAAUAAAGCAAUGCAGCAUAUUAAACAGAACGAAAACAUGUAAAAAUUUUACAUUUUGCAGCUGAUAAUUAUAAAUAGUAGAUAA